AAAGAAAGUCAUAACUUAUACAAAAGUACAGCAGUUCUUAAAAGAACAUUUCAGUCCGUUCCCAUCGCCGUUCCCGCCUUUGUUUCCCUUUUUCAAUCCGGCUGCGCAAAACGGCACACCAGCUCCAUUUAACCUCGCCCAACUGCUUGGAAAUCAACUCGACCAGAGGCGAGAAGAAGAGCCGAACACCGAGUCCAAGGAAGAAUCCAGGCAAGAAGAUCACUUGAAAAUCCCUUCGCUAGCAAAUUUGGAACUGCCAAAGGUAGAAGUCUCGUCUAUUUCUCCUUCAGGAAGCAGUGAGGCUUCGGUCUCAACAGAGCAAAAUCAUGAACACACUGAUGCAUCAUCCAUGGGACGAUCAGUGGAAUCCGAAUCUGCCGACGAUCGCAAAGCAGCCCAGCAACAGCCUUCAGAAGCGCCUACCAUCACUGCUGUGGAACGACCGGUAUCUUUUACAUCUCUAAGUCAUUUAUAG